UCACUUCUCACCUCUUCUUCUCGUUGGAUCUUCACCUCUUAUCCGCCAAUCCAAAAGGCCCCCUCAUUCCACCGCAUUUGAGACCCCGUCUGACAUGACCUAAGUGUUUCCGAACAUCGGAUCUGCUUUCUCUUUGCAGCCUUCCCCUCUAUCCAUAUGUAGACAAGUCACGCCCCGACAAUCAAUCCCCACCUUCAAACAGUCUACAAACACUUCCCCUGAAAGCCCGAGUUUCACAUUCUCUCUUCCUUUUCAAGGUAGGCCAAGUAUCUUCGAAUCAUACACAUUUUUUGGACUUCCAUUAUUCCACCACAUUAAGAUUGUUGGCCACAACGCGGUGAGUACCGAAUCACGCCAAAAUGGCCAAUAUCCAUGAUGCUGGUAAGGCUGGCGAUACAUGCUGCAAGGCUUCCACUGCUUCAAGCCUUCCAAAAUGUAGCCCAAAAGCGACCAAACCAGCUCCAACUCUAUCUUCUACUGUCAAAGCAAAUUCUCUCCUCGACAAGGAGGAAGACAUGGAUGAAACAUGCACUUCUGGCUGCUGCUCGUCCGGACCUGCUCCAGUCUCUGCAGGCACGGCCUCAGCCUGCCCUGAAGACCGCGACACUAGUUCUACAGGCUCUCAAGCUCAGGAACUAGAUGAAGCGUGUGCUGCUCCUUGCUGUGCCAGUGCACCCGCUGCCGCGACCAAUGUGAACGUCACUCAUGCCACAGCGAAUUCCGAGAAAAACAAUGUGGAACAGCAGGUUCCAUGCGGCAAUGGAUGCUGUGGUGAUGAUGCAAGCUCCACAUGUUCCUCUUCGGCUGAGACCACCAGUACCAUCACGUCUUCUUUCUGUGGUGAGACUCAGAAAUGCGAUGAGAAAUGCAUCCAGGCAGCCGCUGCACUUGAGUGCAAGCUAGCUUGCGAAAUCGAGGAGAAGGAAUGCUGUGCCGACGAAGACGAAGCCGAGCAACAGGCUGGCCAGACUCACCAUGACCACAACCAUGCCCACGCCCACGACACUACUCAUGCUCACAAGCACGAUCAAAAUGGGAAGCAUGCUGGCGAGGCCUGUACGAGCCAUUUCCAGUCGGCCAUGGAACGUUAUUCUUCGUACCUCGAGUCGGCUCGCUGCAUCUGCCGCAGUGUCAUCAAAGCUGCCAACAAGAUGGACAAGACCUGCUCUUCAGCUACUCUCCUUCCUUGCGAUCCAACGCCGCAGGCUUACUCCACAAGCCAUGCUCGCCACGGCCACGCCCAUGCCCAUGCCCAUGCCAAACCUCAAAAUACAGUCAUACAUCGUCACGCUCACAAACAUAAAGAUAGUGGCAAGACCAACGCAGCCCAAGCUAAAGGCGGGCUUCUUCAUCGCGACUGUCAAGAUGCUGUCUCUGAACGUCAUGACUACUCACCUAUUGAGAGUUCGCGCACAGGAAAACCGCCGGUCAGAACCAAGGCAGUCGACAUCGAGAAGGACGCCUCGGCAAACCACGUCCUCCUUAGUGUUACAGGUAUGGAUUGUUCCGGUUGUGCCAAUAACCUCACCCGCGCUCUCUGCAAUAUUUCAGGCACACGUAAUGUCAAUGUCAAUUUUCUCACCAACACUGCCGAGCUUGACGUUGACUCGGCCACCCAGGUGGAGGAGGUCAUCCGCCUGGCUGAGCGAGCAACUCGCUACAAGCUCGUUCCAUUUUCGACCGACACACAAUCGUUGGAUAUGAUAUUGGACCCCGAAUCUGCCAAGAGGUUCCAAACAAAUCUCCCAUCAGGAGUCGACACCUGCUUAAAACUCUCUAAUACAGUCUACGAAAUCAAUUACGACCCGUGUGUCAUUGGUGCUCGAGACAUUCUCGACCAGCUCCCGGGAUCAAAGCUUGCCCCGCCCCGAAAGGACAGUACUCUCGAUGCAGGCAGACGCCGACUCGUUAGGGUCGCGACUCUCACUUUGAUCUCAUUCAUCUUGACUAUGCCUGUCGUCGUGAUGGAGUGGGGAGACUUCACCACAGUGCCCCACAACACAGUACUUAUCAUCUCGCUCGUCCUCGGUACUUUUGUCCAAGCCAUUGCUUAUCCAGAGUUCUAUAGACCUGCAGUCUCAGCUCUCGUCUUCAACAACGUCUUGGAAAUGGAUAUGCUCGUCGUCAUCAGCAUUACUGCCGCCUACGGUUACUCCGUCGUUGCAGCCGGACUGUCUCUGGCCGGUAGAUCCACAGAAACCGCUCCGUUCUUCGAGACGAGCACCUUAUUAAUCACUCUGGUCUUGUUUGGCCGCCUUCUGGCUGCUUGGGCACGAAAGACCGCCGUGUCCAGGGUUUCAGUGAGAUCCUUGCAAGCUUCCACCGCAUUCUUAAUUAAUCCCAACACUGGCGACGCUGUCGAAGUCGAUGCUCGCCUGCUUCAGUAUGGGGACAAGAUCCAAAUACAACCCCACUCAAAGAUUGUUACAGAUGCCAAGGUUACUGAAGGAUCCAGUGAUGUCGACGAGUCAAUGUUAACUGGUGAGAGUCUGCCAAUUCUCAAAUCUCCCGGCUCUUCAAUAAUAUCCGGCACCAUCAACGGUCAGGGGACAUUGACUGCACAAGUGAGUCGUUUGCCAGGUAAAAAUACCAUUACCGAUAUCGCCAACCUCGUCGAACAAGCUCAGGACUCCAAACCUCGGAUCCAAGACCUUGCCGAUAAGGUUGCGGGCUACUUUAUUCCCGUUGUGGUGGCAGCUUCCAUCAUCGUCUUCAUUAUCUGGCUCUCUGUCGCUCUCAAAGUCCGACAUCAAGCCGCCGGCUCCGCCAUUGGCACCGCCAUUGGGUACUGUAUUGCAGUCCUAGCAGUCUCUUGCCCCUGUGCUCUUGGUCUUGCUGUUCCAAUGGUGCUUGUGAUCGCAGGGGGUAUAGCUGCUAAAGGAGGUAUCAUCAUCAAGUCGGCACACGUUACUGAGCGGGGUCAUAAGGUUACCGAUGUUAUCUUCGACAAGACAGGCACUCUGACACAAGCUCUUCUCGAGGUGACGGAAGAAUACAUAUUGCCUCUGGACGACAUAUUAGGUGGCAUCGACGGCUUCUCGCUCGUCAAGGCGAUGGUCAAAGACAACAAUCACCCCAUCUCUCAGGCUGUGACUGCGUCGCUCGAACAGAGAGCUUGUGCCCCUGUGAACAUUAGAGAUCUCAGAUCGAUUCCUGGCUGCGGCAUGGAAGGAACCUGGAAUGACAUGACUGUACGCGCUGGCAAUAUUAGGUGGCUUGGGCUCACAGAGCAUCGUCAAAUCGUGGAGCUAAGCAAUCGAGGCAUGACCUUCCUUUGUGUCACUGUCAAUGAUCACCUUCUGGCUACUUUUGCGUUGAAGAGCACCCUACGCCCAGAAGCUGCACAAGUCGUUCAAGAACUCCAGAGGCGACAGAUCAAGGUUCAUAUUGUCAGUGGCGACAACACGAGUGUUGUCCAAAAUGUCGCUGCUAGUCUGAACAUCGAUUUGGAGAAUGUGGCAGCGGAAAGAUCGCCUGCACAGAAGCAAGAAUACGUCCAAGCAUUGACAAAUAACGGCAGAUUCACUUUGUUCUGUGGAGACGGAACCAAUGAUGCAGUGGCAAUUGCUCAAGCCGACAUUGGCGUUCAAAUCGAAUCAUCGUCCGACGUCACUCGCGGAACAGCUGAUGUCGUUCUCCUAGGAAAUCUAAAUGGUGUCAUCUCCCUUCUCGACGUCUCCAAGGCUGCCUACCGUCGAAUCUUGUUCAACUUUGGCUGGUCUGCCACUUACAAUGUCCUAGCUAUCCUCCUGGCCGGUGGUGCUUUUGUGAAAAUUCGCAUUCCACCAGCAUUUGCUGGUUUAGGCGAGAUCGUCAGUAUAAUGCCAGUCGUCAUUGCCGCUCUUACAAUGCCAAAGGUCAAGCGAGCGGUCUAGGUCAUUCGACGAAGCCAUGACAUUCUGUCAGAUGCACCGACACGGUAUCGUCUCAAGCAUCAAUCGUGCAUCAAUCAUGACAGUUGUCUGUAUUCCAAUCUAUACUCGGAACUACACCGGUCAAUCGCUUCGCCGUUAUUGCGCACGCAAUCAACACGCAUUUCUUCGUCGGACGACUCAGUCUCCGCUGCUUCAAUUCUUGCCUGGCACAAGGUCGACUGGGCCAUCUUUAUCGAAUGCUUUUUCUCUCAUUAGAAUCUCACCACGAGCUAUGGCUCAAUAGUCACUCAUUGAAUCAAUAUUUAAAUCGACAAUUACAUUGUGCCACACUACUUAUGCUUUAAA